UUGCUUGAAAGAUUGCAGUGAAAUGGUCUAUUUGCACAUUCACAUAUAGAUAUAUCGUUAGUUUUUGGUAUGGUAAGCCUUGAACACACAUCUCAUAACUUAUUUAUGUUCCGGUAAGUGUUGUCCACACAUCCAUUUAAUAAUAAUGAUGGUGUUCUUUCUGCUGGUGAGGUCAGUGCCAGUUAACUCCCAGUGUCUGUCAAUCAUCAAAUGACGUCACCUAUCCAUAGCGUUUCCGGUGUGGGUAGGCGGGGACUCCAUAGUCCCCGGUCUGGAUUCUUUUGCAAGGUAGGGAGAGACAAGGCUGGACACGAAUUUUGCCAUGUUACGCUCAAUAGUGAGACACACCAGCUAGCUACUGGUGAAAGCUAGUAAGAAAAAAGGAUUCAUCUACGAAAAGACAGCCACUCCCCAAUUUUGGUUGACAUACCUCUCUUUAGCAGUGUUGAAGAACAUGUAUUGGGCAUGCGAGCGAGCAGAUAAUCCGACCGAGAGAAUGGACGACCGGUCAACCUGAGAUUCGACGGGGGGAAGCCAGACAUCCCAUUUUCUAAGUAGAAAGUACAGAUUUGUCGGGAUUAAAUCAAAUGGGACGCCCUGGGCCUCGAGUCUGAGUGAAGGGAACACAGUGGCGACGCUAAAAACAAGGCAAAACUGAUGAAAAUGUCGGUCUUCUUUUUUUAGCUAGCUAGCUAAGGUAGUAGGACACGGCUAGAUAGCAAGUUGGAGUCUGGGACUUCAGUGCUCCACAUUGGCCAAAUAAGUAUUUUUCGGUUGCGCUUGAAGGGGGCAGGGUUAGCUAGAUUUCGUCUCGCAUACUAACUCGGGGAGCGAUUCUUCGGCGAAGGGAGUGGUAGCUAGUUAGCUAAUUUAUAGAAAAAUGUCAGCGAAGGUGCGCCUGAAGAAGUUGGAGCAAUUGCUCGUGGACGGAACUCCAAAUAAUGCAAGUUCACUGAGCGUCGAGACCCUUCUGGAUAUAUUGAUAUGUUUGUACAACGAAUGCAGCAACUCUCCUUUAAAACGGGAGAAGCACGUGACAGACUUUCUGGAAUGGGUGAAGCCAUUCACCACCACCGUGAAGGAGAUGCGCCUGCACAGGGACGACUUCGAGAUGCUCAAGGUGAUCGGCAGGGGAGCGUUUGGCGAGGUUGCGGUGGUGAAGAUGAAGAACACAGAACGCGUGUACGCAAUGAAGAUCCUGAACAAGUGGGAGAUGUUGAAGAGAGCCGAGACGGCGUGUUUCCGCGAGGAGAGGAAUGUUCUGGUGAACGGAGACUGCCAGUGGAUCACCACCCUCCACUAUGCCUUCCAGGACGACAACUUCCUGUACCUGGUGAUGGACUACUAUGUGGGCGGUGACCUCUUGACCCUUCUCAGUAAAUUCGAGGACCGUCUCCCAGAGGACAUGUCCAAGUUCUAUGUGGCCGAGAUGGUGCUGGCCAUCCACUCUAUACACCAACAACACUACGUCCACAGAGAUAUCAAGCCAGACAAUGUCCUGUUAGACAUGAAGGGUCAUAUCCGUCUGGCCGACUUUGGCUCCUGCCUGAAAAUGAUGCAGGACGGCACGGUCCAGUCGUCUGUGGCUGUAGGCACUCCGGACUACAUUUCCCCUGAGAUCCUGCAGGCCAUGGAGGACGGCAUGGGGAAGUACGGUCCAGAGUGUGACUGGUGGUCCCUGGGCGUCUGUAUGUACGAGAUGCUCUACGGGGAGACACCCUUCUAUGCCGAGUCACUGGUGGAGACCUACGGCAAGAUCAUGAACCACGAGGAGCGUUUCCAGUUCCCCUCAAACAUCUGCGAUGUGUCGGAGGACGCCAAGGACCUGAUCUCGCGCCUAAUCUGCGGCCGCGAGCGUCGCCUGGGCCAGAAUGGCAUCGGCGACUUCAAGGACCAUCCCUUCUUCGCCGGCAUCGACUGGGAACACAUCCGCUCCACUGAGGCGCCCUACAUCCCCGACGUCAGCUCCCCAUCUGACACCUCCAACUUUGAUGUGGACGACGAUAUUCUUAAAAACCCGGACAUUGCUCCUCCAGUCACACACAGCGGCUUCACCGGACAGCACCUGCCCUUCGUAGGCUUCACCUACACCACGGACAGCUGCUUCUCGGACCGCGGUAGCGUCAACAGGGCUGGCCUGUCCGAUGGGAGCUCCCAGGAGGGGGGCGGAGGUGAGGGGGUUCCACCGGACCAGGAGGGGGGGCUGGAGGUGGAGGCCUUCGAGAGGAGGAUCCGUCGGCUGGAGCAGGAGAAGCAGGAGCUGAACCGCAAGCUGCAGGAGUCCACCCAAGCGGUGCAGUCUCUCCACGGGCCGGGCCGCGGGGCCAGCACCCUGGGCCGAGACAAGGAGAUGAAGAAGCUCAACGAGGAGAUCGACCGGCUCAAGAAGAAACUGGCAGACUCUGAUAGGCUGGAGCACCAGCUGGAGGAGGCGGUGACACUGCGGCAGGACUACGAGAGCUCCUCCUCCAAGCUGAAGGCCCUGGACAAGCAGGUCAAAGCCCUGAGACAGGAGAAGGAGGAGAUCCACAAGCAACUGGUGGAGUCCCUGGAGCGCCUCAAGUCCCAGACCAAGGAGCUGAAGGAGGCCCACAGCCAGCGGAAACUGGCCCUGCAGGAGUUCUCUGAGCUGAGCGAGCGCAUGGCCGAGCUGCGCUCCACCAAGCAGCGCCUCUCGCGCCAGCUCCGCGACAAGGAGGAGGAGAUGGACGCUGCUGUGCAGAAGGUGGACGCCAUGCGCCAGGACAUCCGCAAGACCGAGAAGGCCCGCAAGGAGUUGGAGGCCCAGUUGGAGGAUGCCAAGGCGGAGGCGUCUAAGGAGCGAAAGCUGCGCGAGCACAGCGAGGUCUAUUCUAAACAGCUGGAGAUGGAGCUUGAGACCCUCAAGGUGAAGCAGCAGGGCAGCGGUCGUGGGGCCGGAGGCAGCAGCCCAGAGCUGCAGCAGGAGCUGUCCAAGGUGAAGUCGGAGCUGGACAAGAAGGUACUGUUCUACGAGGAGGAGCUGGUGCGUCGCGAGGCCUCCCACACCAGCGAGCUCAAGGGCCUCCGGAAGGAGCUCCACGACUCUGAGGGUCAGCAGCUCUCCCUCCACAAGGAGCUGCUCAUGCUCAAGGACAAGCUGGAGAAAGCCAAGCGAGAGAGACAAACCGAGAUGGACGAGGCAGUGGGCGCUCUAAAGGACAAGUACGAGCGUGAGCGCAGCAUGCUGACCGAGGACAACCGCAAGCUGACCGCAGAGACUGACAGGCUGUGUACGUUUGUGGACAAGCUGACCGCUCAGAACCGCCAGCUGGAGGACGAGCUGCAGGACUUGGCCUCUAAGAAGGAGAGCGUGGCUCACUGGGAGGCCCAGAUCGCUGAGAUCAUCCAGUGGGUGAGCGACGAGAAGGACGCCCGCGGCUACCUGCAGGCCCUUGCCUCCAAGAUGACCGAGGAGCUGGAGUCACUCCGCAGCUCCAGCCUGGGCCCCCGACCCCUGGACCCCCUGUGGAAGGUACGUCGCAGCCAGAAGCUGGACAUGUCGGCCCGUUUGGAGCUGCAGUCGGCCCUGGACGCCGAGAUACGGGCCAAGCAGCUGGUCCAGGAGGAGCUCCGCAAGGUCAAGGCCUCCAACAUCUCCUUUGAAAGCAAACUGAAGGAUUCAGAGUCCAGGAGCAGGGAGAUGGCGGAGCAGCUGGAGAUCAUGAAGAAGGACUUGGAGGAGAGCCGCUCCCGCUCGGACAAAGGUCUGAAACUGCCCGAUUUCCAGGACUCCAUUUUCGAGUACUUCAACACCUCUCCCCUGGCCCACGACCUGACGUUCAGAACCAGCUCUGUCAGCGAGAUAGACGCCACGCCCCAGAAGUCGGACGUCCCCUCCUCGUCGCCCUCCGUGGCCUCUGAGCAGGAUGAGCCAGUCCCCAAGCCCCCUGCUGUUACCCCUACCGCCCCCUCCCCUGUCUAUCAGACAUCGCUGCUGACCACACCAAAGCCCAAAGCUCACCAGCUGAGCAUCAAGAACUUCUCCAGCCCCACCCAGUGCACCCACUGCACCUCCUUGAUGGUGGGUCUCAUCCGCCAGGGCUACGCCUGCGAAGUGUGCUCCUUCAUCUGCCAUGUAACUUGUAAGGACAACGCUCCCCUGGUGUGCCCCAUCCCCCCUGAGCAGGCCAAGAGGCCUCUGGGCAUUGACGUACAGAGGGGCAUCGGCACCGCCUACAAGGGCUUCGUCAGGAUCCCCAAGCCCACAGGGGUGAAGAAGGGCUGGCAGCGGGCGUACGCCGUGGUCUGUGACUGUAAGCUCUUCCUGUACGAGGUGCCGGAGGGCAAGUCCACCCAGCCGGGCGUGGUGACCAGUCAGGUCCUGGACCUCAGAGAUGAGGAGUUUUCCGUCAGCUCUGUCCUGGCCUCGGACGUCAUCCACGCCACCCGCAAAGACGUUCCCUGCAUAUUCAGGGUGACGUCGUCCCUGCUGAGCUCGCCGGCGGGUGCCGUCUCCCUGCUGGUGCUGGCUGAGAGCGAGGCGGAGAAGAAGAAGUGGAUGGGCAUCCUGGAGGGCCUGCAGAGCAUCCUGGCCAAGAACCGCCUCAGGAACCGCGUGGUGCAUGCCCUGCACGAGGCCUACGACUCCUCGCUGCCCGCCAUCAAGACCACGCUCUGCGCGGCCAUCGUCGAUCGAGAGCGUAUCGCCCUGGGAACAGAGGAAGGCCUGUUUGUAGUGGAGGUCACCAGAGAUGUGAUCGUGCGGGCGGCCGACUGCAAGAAGGUGCACCAGAUGGAGCUGAUCCCCAAAGAGAAGAUGGUGGCCCUGCUGUGUGGACGCAACCGACACGUGCACCUGCACCCCUGGGGGGUGCUGGAGGGGGCCGAGGCGGCCUUCGACAUCAAGCUGACAGAGACCAAGGGCUGCCAGGCACUGACCACGGGCGUGCUGCGCCCCGGGGGACCCGCCUGCCUGCUGGCUGCCGUCAAGCGACAGGUGCUGUGCUAUGAGAUCACCCGGGCCAAGCCGCACCACCGCAAGCUGUGGGAGGUGCAGGCCCCAGGGGUGGUCCAGUGGCUGGGCAUGGUGCGCGAACGCCUGUGCGUGGGCUACCCCUCGGGCUUCGCCCUGCUGGCCCUCCAGGGCGAGUCGUCGCCCGUCAGCCUGGUGAGCCCCGGGGACCAGUCGCUAGCCUUCCUGGCCCAGCAGCCCCUGGACGCGCUGCAUGCCCUGGAGGUGGGCACGGCCGAGCUGUUACUCUGCUUCAGCCAGCUGGGGAUCUACGUGGACCCCACGGGGAAGAGGAGCAGGGCCCAGGAACUGAUGUGGCCCGCCACGCCGCUCGCCUGCAGUUCCAGCUCCUCCUACCUUACGGUGUACAGCGAGUAUGGGGUGGAUGUGUUCGACAUCCACACCACCGAGUGGGUCCAGACCAUUUCACUGAGGAAGAUAAGGCCUCUGAAUGUGGAGGGCAGUCUGAACCUGCUGGGCUCUGAACAACCACGCCUCAUCUACUUCAGCAACAACUCCACAGAAGGUGACCUGGCCAUCCCGGAGACGUCUGACAACAGUAAGAAGCUUAUGGUGAGGACGCGCAGCAAGAGGAAGUUCCUCUUCAAGGUCCCGGAAGAGGAGAGGCUGCAGCAGAGGAGAGAGAUGCUGAGGGACCCUGAGCUGAGGUCCAAGAUGAUCUCCAACCCAAUCAACUUUAACCACGUGGCACACAUGGGCCCCGGCGACGGCAUGCAGGUCCUCAUGGAUCUGCCUCUGCAGAGCGAGAGCGCCGCCACCACCCCUUCCCCCUCAUCCUCCCGCCACCACGCCCUGAUCUCCCCACCGAGCAACUUUGAGCACGUCUAUCACAUGAGCCUCGUGUCGGCCGGCCUCUACCUGCAGAAAGAGCCCUCCACCUCUUCCUCCACCUCCUCGCUGCAGCACUGCAGCAUGCCUCAGCUCUCAUCCUCCUCCUCCUCCUCUCCCUCCACCUCCUCCCUAGGAAGGAGUGUGAUGCAUUCUUCUCAGGACGACCCGGCCAAGGACAAGCCCCGCCCACUCUCCAGUAUCUCCCGGCAACAGUGGAGCAAGACCCACAUCACCCGCACGGCCUCUGGAGGUGCAGACUUUGGAGGAGCAGGAUCGUCUCGCAACAUCUCCGACCCAGACGGGGACUUUGAGAGAGAGCCGGACUCAGACUCCACCAAGCACUCCACCCUCUCCAACAGCUCCAACCCCAGCAGCCCCCCAGCCCCAACUCCCCCCACCGCAGCCAGCUAACACUGGAUGGCCUGGAGCAUACCCUGGACGGCUGAGGACCCCCCCCCCCCUCCGGAGACACGCACACCUUACACACACAUACUGCGUGCUUAAUCACGCGACACCUACAUUCGACAUAGAACUUGUGUAUCGCUGCAAAGUGCCAAGAACAGACUUUGUGGACAAACUGCCACCGCUGAAGCUUUUCCUGCGUGUGACGAGCAUAGAUCCUCCAAAAAAAGUGACUGCCGCCCCCCUCCAGAGGGGCACUUGGUAUUUUUAGUUAACGGUAAAAAAAAAAAGAAAGAAUCAGCCAGUAUUGAUUUGUUUUUGUUUUUCUUCAUUUCAGGCCAUAAAUGUUUCCUAUGAGUUAAGGUUAUAAUUACUUAGUUGAAGUUAUCAAUACAUAGAGGUGUGAUGGGCUGAAUUUAAAACAAAGAUUACUGAUGAUGGGGCACUCACAGAAAAAGCUAUCCUAAUCAUAGGUAUAAGUUUGUAAAAAAAAAAAAAAAAAGUGAGGAAAAAAAACUAAGAGGAGAGGGAAAUAACUUUUUUUUUUUUUUUUUAAAGCGUGUAGUAUUUUGCACGGACGUGUUGAGCUCGACUUGGGGGACACAACGGUGAAAGAAAUGGCUGACUUUCAAGGUUCAUAACCCCGCCUACUUCCCAGCCCCUUCCGUACUGGCGUUGUAAUCCUAUUGAGCUGUUCCCGGACCAGUGGCCACCAUUUUGAGAGCAGUAUCUUCCCAGGGGACGAGCUGCCACUCAACUGACUGCAGGAGUUUUACUGUAAAGCUAAAUUAGUGGGCAUCUUUUACAGCAUUUACAUCUCCAGUCAGCCUUUGUCACAUGUAUUGUUUUUAACUUCGAUCUUUUGCCAGAAAACGUAUAGUUGGCGCCAUAGCAACCAGAAAUGGAAAAAAUAAAUAAAAACAGAAUCAUGAGACUUUAAUUUCUCGAUAUGCGGUUUUAAGUUGAUAAGUGGUGGGAAUCUGAACAUAGCGGAAAAGGAUCACAUUACUCAUAGGAUUAUUAAUAAGAGUCCUUCACAAGCUGCUGCUGCUUUCGUGUGCUAUGUUUAAAUAAAUAAAUAAAUAGGUAUGCGUGUGAAGACCUGCUCACCAUAGAGAGAGAACCCCCCCUUGCCAAGGCCCUCGCAUUUUAAACCGUUCAAUCAUGAAAGAGUGAGAAGCAUUAGCGGUGGUGUACAGUCAUAGCGCCGUACCGCCACAGUGGGGCGUCUGAAUAGUUUUUCCUCCAGUGUGGGAUGUUUCAUUGUACAGAAGUGUGAGAUACAGUACAGGCAUGUGGCAUAUCCAGUGUAAUCACUCUAGUGUGCCUUCAGUGCCAUUUUUGUUUUACAGCACCACAUUCAGAUCAAUUCCAGAAGUGAUUUUAAACCUGCAGGCUACCGGCCAGAGGGGGGGUUUUCAGAAACACUGUAUUAAACUUGCACAUGUUUUAGUCCAAGGAAUAUCGUCUUUGAUUUUGUGUCAGUGAUCUUUCUCGUUCCUUUUAUUCGUCCCUGUUCAGUUCUCUGAAGAUGGGACUGUUUUUUUUUUUUUGAUUUUUUUUUUUUGAAACACUACUGCUUUUUUCUCUUUAAAAAAAAUCACAGGUUGAAAUCUUUGUAAUUAUUGAAUUGUUAGCAACAAACCUUUGAACGGACAAUAAAAGAGUAUCUGUUGUGCUUC